ACUCUUAAAGGCACAGUAGGAAAAGCGAUUCAUCUGCUGUGCUCAGGUCUCGGUGCACGUCCUCUGGCGGGGGUUGGACGCACAUUAGGGGGUGAAUACAACAUAAAUCCACGAAUUCCAUCAUGGCAGCGACAUUAAUGCGUUCCCUUGUAAAGAAGAGGGUUCCUCUUCAGAUGGGACGCUUGUGCUACUCUUCCUCCUCUGUGCCCACCACCAAGUUGUUUAUUGAUGGAAAGUUUGUAGAAUCCAAGAGUUCACAAUGGUUGGACAUUCACAAUCCUGCCACCAACGAGGUCAUUGGUCGAGUGCCCAAGGCCACACACGAGGAGAUGUUGGCUGCCGUGGACUCGUGCUCACGGGCGUACCACGCCUGGUCCGAAACUUCCAUCCUGGCCCGCCAGCAGAUCUUCCUUCGCUAUCAACAGCUUAUUAAAGACAAUAUUAAAGAGCUGGCCAAGCUGAUAACCCUGGAGCAGGGAAAAACCCUGGCUGAUGCUGAGGGUGACGUGUUCAGAGGACUGCAGGUGGUGGAGCACACCUGCAGCAUCACAUCCCUCAUGCUGGGUGAGACCCUCCCCUCCAUCACUAAAGACAUGGACACAUACACAUAUCGGUUGCCCAUUGGCGUGUGUGCCGGUAUCGCCCCCUUUAAUUUCCCUGCCAUGAUUCCCCUGUGGAUGUUCCCAAUGGGCAUGGUGUGCGGGAACACCUAUUUAAUGAAGCCCUCAGAAAGAGUGCCUGGCUGCGCCAUGAUGCUGGCCAAACUGCUACAGGACGCUGGCGCUCCGGAUGGAACAUUAAACAUAAUCCACGGACAGCAUGACGCUGUGAAUUUCAUCUGUGACCAUCCUGCCAUCAAAGCCAUCAGUUUUGUGGGCUCCAACCAGGCUGGCGAGUAUAUCUACGAGAGAGGCUCCAAAAAUGGCAAAAGAGUGCAGAGCAACAUGGGGGCGAAGAAUCAUGGUGUGGUGAUGCCUGAUGCUAAUAAAGAGAACACGCUGAACCAGUUGGUUGGUGCUGCAUUUGGAGCGGCAGGUCAGAGAUGCAUGGCACUGUCCACUGCUAUCCUCAUAGGAGAAGCCCGAAACUGGUUGCCUGAACUGGUUGAACGUGCAAAGGGUCUCCGUGUCAAUGCAGGUGACCAACCCGGAGCUGAUGUGGGUCCUCUCAUCUCGCCUCAGGCCAAAGAGCGAGUCAACAGCCUUAUUCAGAGUGGUGUGGAUGAGGGCGCUAAGGUGCUGCUCGAUGGGAGGAAUGUAAAGGUCAAGGGUUACGAAAACGGCAACUUCGUGGGACCAACCAUCAUUAGCAAUGUCACGCCAAACAUGAAGUGCUAUACGGAGGAAAUAUUUGGACCUGUGUUGGUGGUCCUGGAGGCCGACAGCUUGGAUGAUGCCAUCAAAAUAGUCAAUAAGAACCCAUAUGGCAACGGUACUGCCAUCUUUACCACCAACGGUGCCGCUGCUCGUAAAUACACCCAUGAAGUUGAUGUUGGUCAGGUUGGAGUUAAUGUACCAAUCCCCGUCCCACUGCCCAUGUUUUCGUUCACCGGCUCCAGAGCCUCCUUCAGGGGUGACACCAAUUUCUAUGGAAAGCAAGGCAUUCAGUUCUACACACAGAUCAAAACUGUUACUUCGCAGUGGAAGGCAGAAGAUGCUACGCUGAAGUCACCCGCUGUUACGAUGCCAACAAUGGGACGUUAAGUAUUAAUCACCUGUAUAAAUGUCACCCUGGCCCCCUUUAAAAAAUACUUUUAACUACUGUACAGAUGGAUGCUUUCAAACAUGCUGUCAUAUGUAGUUAAAUAAUUCCAAAAAUGUGACUUUUUUUUUUUUCGUCCACUGUUGAAUAAGUAAAAAAAACAAAACAAAUGUAGCAUGUAUUGGUUUAGACCACUGCAUGGAAGAUUUGUUAAAUGAUUUCCCGUUCUUACCCUGACUAAAUUUACUUGGACUGUUGACGAGCUGGGUUAAGUUAAGUGCUACAACUUCUAUCUAUAGCUGGCUGGCUCUUCUGAACUGUUUAACUAGCAUAAUGCCUGGUUAAAUAUGAAUGUCUAUAUAAAUAUGCUUGUUUUGGGAUGUUUGCCUCAAUAAACAAGAAACAAUGAA